AUAGCCCUAGCGGGCACUCUCUCGCUUGAGUUAUGCGUUUGCAGCAUCACCAUCGCCAUUUCACCUGGUGCUGUGUGUUUUCUGUGGGGUGCGUGAGGUCUUGAGGAAGCGCUUUACAAUGGCGGGGUUGAUAAAAAACCUUCGGGUGACGAAGACAGGACCCGGGUCUGGAUCGCUGGGGGAAGCACAGCAGCGAGCGACGGAUUUCUUCCGGGAGUCUUGCAGGGCGCUGCCAUCGAUCAUGGAGCGGUACAAUUUGUACGACGUAAUCACCCUGUCGGAUCUGCGGUCCAAGAUUGCCUUCGAGUUCCGGAAGCAUCAUCACAACACCAAUCCCAAGGUGAUUGACAUGUUAGUGUUUAAGGGACGAGAGGAACUUCAGUACUGCGUUGACCAUUCCAAGCAGCGGCACCAUUUGCUGUCGCAGUACAUCGUCGGAAGGGAGGGUUUAACCGGGGACGUGCUGAAGCUUGGGGAGGCAUUUAAGGGAGAAUCUGAUUUUUUGAAGAAUUUCUAUCGAGGGAACAACUGAGAAUUUUAGUCUCACUCUGGUCUGGAUUUUCAUUCCAUUUUUUUAAAAUUGUGUUCCUUAUCGUCUUGGUACCGUAGAAUCAUGAAGAAGUUUCAAACCCUACGAAAAACCCCACACUGUUCCAGUAGUUACAGGUUUUGAAAGGCUCUGAAACUGGCAAUGAUUUUUUUGUAGUAUUCAUUGAAUGGUAUUUUUUUGCACAUACAGAUUAGGUCCUGCAAUAAGAAAAUGACAUGGCAGAGUGACAAGAGGAUGAGAUGAUGAUGUAAUACAAUUGGAAGUGGAAGAUGAACUUUUGUAGCGUUAAUGGAGUAUUAGUCUGAUGACGGUGA